AUGCUUUCCAGCAGAGUCCAUACAGCCCCCUCAUGUGCUGGCAUCAAAGCUCGCCGCCGCCGCAAAACUUCCAAGGAAGAGCGAGUCUGCGCGGUCUGUGGACAGGCAUUUAAAAAGGCGGAGCAUUUGGCCCGACAUCUAAGGUCACAUACGAAAGAAAAGCCAUUCAACUGCCCUAUAUGCAGCAAGGCAUUUGCUCGACAGUACUGUAUUCACCUACCUCUCCCUGGCCAAGAAGGCAGCGAAACAAACGUGGUUGCUCUUGAAUCCGAAAGCCAUGGGUGUCUUGAUCCCAAAAUCAUGUCACAGAUAUCAAUUGCGACGGGUGUUCCAGCCAUUCCGAUUCAUCCUGAGAUGACAAUGAUGGACGACAUGAUCUCGCCACCCAGCAGCGCCUCCAUUGACAAGCAGACGCCAGAUUUCUCAAUCAGCGAACACAGUUAUCCUUCGCAAAUGACUCCCCUGGCUUCAUUCUUUUCUCUUGAGGCCACCGAUGCUUGGAGAAACCAGGCCAGUCCACCAUUUCCGCUAUGGGAUCCCCGACUGGAUCAGGAGUGGGAGACCCUCUUGACCGGGGACGACUUUGAUUUGAAUGCUGUGAAUAUGUCUCUACUUUCUGCGACAUCGCAAUACAUACCUACGGCGGAAGUUUCAUUUGAUUUAGAUACCACGACUUCCCAACCAUUACCGGUCGACCACCAAGCAAAGCAACACAACAACACAGUUCAAAGAAAAUGGCAUACAUUCUGUGAAAUAGCAUCGUCAGGUCAAAUGACACCAGAUGUGCCAAACGAGGAGAGCUAUAUCGAUGAGACCUAUCGUAAACGAUUGGCAGAUCGACUACAGCAGCGUGUGCAAACUGGAAUACUGCCCUCUACUCCUUUUCUAGUAGGGUUCCCGCCCCAGCAGCCAUUUUAUUUUGGGAAUAUACUGAUUCGGGGUAGGAUCUUUGCAUUCAAGCAUAUUUUUCCAAGCUCCAUCCUCUCUUCCCCGUGGUUCACAUGGCUACUUUCCGACCAGGCACGCAGAACUCGAUCCUUCUCCUGUCUAUCUGUUCUGUUGGGAGCUUCCAUUCUUGCAUCGUGGGACACUUAUACAUUCAAAUCUGGGGGUUCAUCUUUAAUAGCCCUGCAAGCGUCUAUCAUCGGACAGACAUUCGGUCUGCUAUUGGGGAGACCCAAAGACUUAACCGGAAUUGAUGUAUUCCAUGGAAGUGUCAUAGCCUGGGCCCGCAAAGCAAAGCUAUUCAACCUUCAACCUACCGAAUACCAUCUUCUCGACACAGAAGGCCCAUCUCUAGAAGAAGCCUGGUUGAGCUGGGUCCAAAGCGAAGUCAAGCAAAGAAUCAUCCUAGGUUUACACAUCCAUGACGCCCUCCUCGCCCGAAUACAUCACCACGAACCUCUCCUCCGCCACUCAAUCGACCGACUGCCCCAAAUCUCCUCGAACGAGCUCUUCGCAGCAUCCAACGCCUCAACCUGGAAAUCACUCAUGUUAGAGUCCCAAACGGACUCCCUCGCCCAGCCAUCUCCAGCCCAAAUAUCUCCAUCCCGAUCCCGAUUCCCGGGCGACUUCGCCCUAAAUGGCCUCCUCGAAUCAAUCAACGCACUCACCUACGAAGACCAAGACCAUCACUCGUCUAAUCCCAACUGGAUGAACACGGUCGAAAAAAGCCACACUUUCCUAACAACCUUCCACACCAAAUACAACCCAAACUCUCACCCUCACCCUCAAUCCAACAAACCCAGCAAUUCGCCCUCCCAUCCCUCCUACACCCACACAUGGCCCUGUACAAUGAUACUAUGGCACUCAAUCUUCAUAACCCUACACACAGACAUCAACGCCCUAGAAUGCGCCUUCGGCCGCGAAGGCCACGACCCCAACCUCUCACCACUCCACACCUCCUACGCAAAAUCCUGGAUCCACACCCUCGACGCCAAACGCGCACUCCUACACGCCAUGCUCCUGCAGCGCCAAUUCGAGACACUCCCCCGCUGGCGCGGAGCCGGCCAUCCACGCCCCUCUUUCAUUAUAUUAUUGCGGGAUUGUCUGGGCUUGCUUUUUGUGUUUUGGCAGGCAGGAUGGAGUGCAUAUGUCCAUGCCUGUCACUUUAACUGCCGGGGAUGCGCGACAGUUUGA